AUGGAAAGAGAGAAGUUGAUGGUCGCUGUCGACUUUGGAACCACGUACUCAGGCAUUGCAUUCUGCCACUCGAACCAGAAGGAACUCAACGAUAUUGAAGUUGUUACCUCAUGGAGUAACAACGGUGUUGCUCCAAAGGUACCCACAGAGAUUCGUUAUAUCCCGGGGAGGGAUCCUCGAUGGGGUGCUGAGGCCUCUGUCGCCUGCGAACGACGCCAAACAGCAAAUUCUGCAAUCAUAUACAACAGAUUCAAGUUGCUUCUGGACGUUAGAGGUGGGUCCGGUUUAUAUCGGGAUCGAACUUCUGGGGCGGAUGAUAAAAUAAGGCUUCCGGCUGGCAAGUCACCCAUCAAUACCGCGACAGACUAUCUAAGGCUCCUUUACGAGGAGUUGAUGGAGAAAAUCCUACGCAGACGGAUCCCCGAGACUUUAGAUAUCACUCCAAUACACUUCAUAUUCACCGUUCCAGCAAUCUGGGGCCACCAAGCACAGCAGGCUACGAAAAUGGCUGCGAAGCUAGCUGGGUUCUGCAGCCGGAAAUCUGACACCCUCUCACUAGUUUCUGAGCCUGAAGCUGCUGCAUUGUACGUUUUAAAGGCAAUGCAUGCUGCUAACUUUAGCCGUAUUUCGACUCAAGCCAUGCCUGCUUUGAAAACGGGCGACACUUUUGUCGUUUGUGAUGCAGGCGGCGGGACGGUUGACCUGAUCUCAUAUGAGGUAGAAGAGGUACAGCCUAGCUUCAAAUUGAGAGAAGCAGCUGUCGGAACCGGUUCGAAGUGUGGAUCUUCGUACAUUGACCAAGCCUUUCUUGAACUCUUGCGUCAGAAGAUAGGUCCUGAAUUUGACGAUGAACAGAUAUGGAACAAGAAGGAUAUCGGCCGAGGGAGUAACCUGAUGAAAACAUUUGAUUUGAUAAAAAGGAGUUUCGGUCAGACGACAAACGACGUGUGGUUUAUUGAGCUUCCUGUCAAUGUCGCGAAUGACGAGGAGAACGGAAUAUACGAUAACGAAUUGGAGUUUACUGCAGAGGAGUUGCAAGGAUUAUUCGACCCAGUAGUUGACAGGAUCGUUCGGCUUGUUCAAGAUCAAGUUCAAUGCAUUAACAACACCGGCAAAGUGGUUUCUGCAAUAUUUCUCGUCGGGGGAUUUGGUGAAUCCCACUAUCUCUAUCAGUCGCUAGCGGAGUGGGCAAAUAAAUACCACAUAUCCCUUCCUGUGAUAAAUCCGAGAGAAUCCUGGUCUGCCAUCAUGAGAGGCGCUAUUGUACGCGAACUUCACCCGGCCGUCAGAUCGAGACGUCUACGCCAGCAUUACGGAUUUUCUUGUGGUCUCCCCUACGACCCCCAGAAACAUAAAUUUAAGAACACGUAUAUGAGUCCAUUUGGGGGACGUUGUGUCAAAAAUACAAUCAAAUGGGGCGGUCAUUUGGGGGACGACUGUACCGAGACAACCGAUAUUGUAUUUCCAGUGCACUGGACAAUCGAUGGUAGUAAAACCAGGAUUCGUUGUAAACUAUAUGCUAGCAAAGCUGUACACGCACCUGGCUACCUGACGGAUCUAAGUGUAUUUUCCAUUGGUACCAUCUAUACCGACAUCUCAACUGUGAACUUUGCCGAGCUUCCUUGCGCGUAUGAUGAGGAUGGAGAUUUAGUCUACAGGUUUGAUACUGAAGUCAGAAUGAGGCUUGCAUCUGCUGACGUUUCCUUUUCAAUCUGGCGGAAUGAUAAGCGCAUCGGGAAUGCAACUAUCACCCACGAGACUUGA